GUAGUGAUAGUAUCGAUCACUAUCAAACAAGCCUUUUCUACAUCUUAUAUAUGCCACACGCAGACAUUCCCUCGCAGAAAUUCUCCAAGCAUCUCUGACGCCAACACAAUUCAAAACUUCACAGCAAACCAUGCACCAAAUUAUGUAGCUAUGAACAUCAACACCAGAAUUAAAUUUUGCUUCUAGCUAAUCUUCUUCUUUGCUUCAAUUCCUCCUCCAAAUUAAACUUAACAUUUCCACCGAAAUCGAACAACUAAUUAAGCACCACCACCAUGGAAGAUGAACACCCCCCUGAACAAGUUCCACUAAAACAAGCUGUCCCUGCUCAUCUUUUUGCUUUACCAGUUGAUGAAGAUGGAAAAGCCACAGAAUUCAGACCAUUCUCAAUGGCAUCACCACACAUGCGAGCCUUCCACCUCGCAUGGUUCUCCUUAUUCUCUUGCUUCUUCUCCACCUUCUCCAUCCCUCCACUCCUCGCCGUCAUCCGCGACGACCUCCACCUCACCGAAACAGAUACCUCACGCGCCGCCAUCGCCGCCUUCAUCGGCUCCAUCUUCUCCCGCAUUGUCAUGGGCCCCAUCUGCGACCACCUCGGCCCACGCGUCGCCUCCGCCACCCUCUCCCUCCUCACCUCCCCUAUCAUCCUCGCCACCGCCCUUGUCUCCUCCCCAAACGCCUUCAUCACCAUCCGCUUCCUCGUUGGCUUCUCCCUCGCCAACUUCGUCGCCAACCAGUUCUGGAUGAGCCGCAUGUUCUCCGGCUGCGUCGUCGGCCUCGCCAACGGCGUCUCCGCCGGCUGGGCCAACACGGGCGCAGGCGCCACCCAGCUCGUCAUGCCACUCAUCUACUCCUUCAUCAUGUCAGCAUUCAACUUGCCAUCCUCCACUGCCUGGCGACUGUCAUAUAUAGUCCCCGCCGUACUCCAAGCCAGCACGGCUGUACUGGUCCUGACCUACGGCCAGGACCUACCUUCUGGGAGCUACAAACGUACCUCCAAGAAGGGCUCGAAAGACAGCUUUUUCGAGGUCUUCUUCCACGGGAUAAAAAACUACAGAGGUUGGAUCUUGGCUUUGACCUACGGGUUUUCCUUUGGUGUGGAGCUGACCACUGACAACAUCAUUGCUCAGUACUUCUACGACCGGUUCGGCGUGAACAUUCAGGUGGCCGGAACCAUAGCUUCCUGCUUCGGAUUGGCGAACUUCUUUUCCAGGCCAAGUGGGGGUUUGUUUUCCGAUAUGUUGGGGAGGAGGUUCGGGAUGAGAGGGAAGCUGUGGGGUUUGUGGGCGACGCAAACGGUGGCGGGUUUGCUGUGCUUGUUACUCGGCCGAGUUAACUCGCUCUGGAGCUCCAUACUUGUCAUGUGUGUGUUCUCAGUUUUUGUUCAGGCCGCCGCGGGACUCACGUUUGGGGUGGUUCCAUUUGUUUCCAAAAGGUCACUAGGAGUGAUUUCAGGGAUAACAGGCGGUGGAGGGACUAUGGGGGCGGUGAUAACCCAGCUCCUAUUGUUUUCAGGCUCUAAAUACUCGAAGCAAACAGGCAUUUCUCUUAUGGGAAUCAUGAUGAUCGUUUGUACUCUCCCACUGUCACUCAUGUACUUCCCUCAAUGGGGUGGAAUGCUCUGUGGCCCUUCCCAUCAUCCUGAUCUCGAUCUAGAAGCAGAUCAUUAUCGCUUGCUCAAAUAGAUCGAAUCAUAACAAGCAAGAAGGGUGUUAAUAGCCUCAGAGUUCCAUGGAGCAAGUAGGAAGAUGAAUUAUUUAUGUAAACUGAGGAUUAUUAGUUUGGUACUGUUAUAUAUACAAAUCAACAGUUAAAAAGGGUCUCACAUAUCCUACAUGAAUUAGUAUCCUUUCUUUAUAGAAAUGAAUGGCGUUCACUUACACUUGUA